AGUUGACGGUGACUCUGAGCAUGGUUUUCCAUCUUCAGACUGUAUAUUACGUCUGGCUUCCCGUACGCAACUGUUCAAAUCCAAGCCCAUUGAAAUUAUUGCAAUGUCGAUACUUCUGCCGUUUCAUAAAUCAAUUCUCGAGGAGAUUCAUGACCCUGCCACUUCAGACUUGCUCAUCCUUGCCCGUGGACUCGGUCUUCGUCGUAUAAUAUGCACGCUCAUGCAAAUAUACGACUCCAAGCAAAGCCUUAUUCUUCUCUUGAAUGCCUCGCCAGAAGAGGAGGCUGCUAUUGGUGAUGAACUGGGUAUUAUGGGGUGCAGACGGCCUGGAUUGCGAAUUGUGGGGUAUGAAAUGGGAAAGCGGGAUAGACAGGACCUCUACAAGAAUGGUGGCCUCAUUUCUGUCACCUCCCGCAUUCUUAUCGUUGACAUGUUACAAUCUGACAUCCCAACGGAGCUCAUAACGGGUAUAAUUGUCAUGCAUGCUGAAAAGGUCACUGCUCUCUCCCUUGAAGCGUUCAUUGUCCGGCUUUACCGAGAAAAGAAUAAGACUGGCUUUCUCAAAGCGUUUUCAGAUCAGCCGGAGCAUAUCACUAGUGGCAUGUCUCCGCUGAAGAACAUCAUGAAGGAGCUCCAGCUGAGAAGCGUGCAUAUCUAUCCUCGAUUUCACGAAGAUGUCAAGGCUACACUUGAGACCCGUAAAGCAGACGUCAUCGAGUUGAACCAGCAUCUUACAGAGCCUAUGGAGGCAAUUCACCACGCCAUAGUCCAAUGCAUGACUGUCACCCUUUCCGAGCUCAAGAGAUCUAACAAAACGCUCGACCUUGAUGAUCUUAAUGUAGAGUCCGCAUACUUCCGCUCUUUUGAUGCAGUAGUUCGCAGGCAGCUAGACCCCGUCUGGCAUAAGGUCGGUCCAAAGACAAAACAGCUUGUGGGUGACCUUGCGACGCUCAGACGUCUAUUAACGUACCUCCUGUCCUAUGAUGCCCUCGCCUUUCACGCAUACCUUGAAACUCUCGUAGCCUCGAACACCACAACUGCUACCGGCGCAGCUAAACAACAUCAGUCCCCUUGGAUGCUCACCGAUGCGGCCAACAUUAUCUUUAGCACCGCGAAACGUCGGUGUUAUGUCCUUACUGCUCCAAAACCCAAGGCUUCUGUUCCCGAGAUUAUUGAUGUUGACGACGAAGAUGCAUGGGCUGCACUUGAUGAGGUGCAUGAUAUAACUGGAAGCAGAAAUGGGGAUAAAGGGAAGGUGAAGGAAGAGAAGAAACCAUGGGUGCCGGAUAACAUGUCUCCCGUGCUCGAAGAACUUCCGAAGUGGGAUCUCCUUGCAGAUGUGCUUCAGGAAAUCGAAGAAGAGUUGAUGAGACAAGAGGCAGUGUCGACCCGUCCGCCAACCCGCGGGACGAACACCGUUCUCGUUAUGACCUCCUCUCCACGCUCUUCUACCCUUGUGAACGGAUUCUUAAGUGAGAUGAAUGACACUGCUCCGAAAGGCUCUCGUGGGCGACCCAUGAUGGAGCGCAAGCUGCGGAGGUAUCUAUAUUGGAAGGGCGGGAACGCUAGACAAACGCAUCCCAGGCAACAACCACCACCUCAUUUUUCUGCCCCGCAGCCGCAACCCAGCGGGGAGAUAAGCGAGGCUUUGAAGAGGAAGGACAAGACGAGACAAGAGCGAAGUGCAAAUCGGAGAAGGGUACGUGGCGGUGCACCCGCUUCUGUCGCGCCAAGUAAACCGGCGACUGUGGAUCCAAAAGUGCAGGCGAGAGACGAGGCAGAUGAUAUCGCAACCUUCCUCGCGAGUCAACCCUCAGAUCUCCUUGUCUCCUCCGACACAGACGCAGACGCUCUCCUCCUUGAAAUGCUUCUCUUAAGCCAGGCAGAAAUGGACUUUGACACGCACUACGGCUUGCUUGCACCCUCACAGACAGUCGUCGUGCGCGCAUACACCGAUGACACGGAUGACCAGAUUCUCGCAGAACUGCAGCCGAGAUUUAUCGUGUUGUUUGAACCUAACCUUGAUUUCAUCAGGCGCAUCGAGGUGUACAGAAAUUCCAAUCCUGGUAUGGGCGUUCGGGUAUAUUUUAUGAUCUACCAACUCAGUUGCGAGGAGCACAAGUACCUUGCUGGAUUGAGGCGUGAGAAAGAGUCUUUCGAAAAGCUGAUCAAGGAGCGCGGAUCCAUGCUCCUGCCGAUCUUCGAGGACAAACAUGCCGGGAGAAGUGAUGCAGUCAUCAAAACAAUCAGUACCCGUCUCGCAGGCGGAAGGAAGGAACUGAGCACCAUGGCAUCACAGGUAAUCGUCGACAUGCGCGAAUUCCGUUCCACGCUACCUUCGCUUCUUCACGCAUCCGGCCUGCUUGUUAUUCCGGCGACGCUGAAUGUAGGGGAUUAUAUCCUCACGCCAGAUAUCUGCGUGGAGAGGAAGAGUAUACCUGAUUUAGUGGCGAGCUUCAAUAGUGGACGAUUGUACACGCAAUGCGAGCUGAUGUCAGUGCACUAUAAGCAGCCUGUAUUACUCAUCGAGUUUGAAGAGAACAAAGCAUUCUCACUUGAGACCGUCGCAGAAUCAGCGAAAUCAUACGCCAAACCCACAGGCAAAUAUCCUGCGAAGAAAUCUACAGGUCCAACGGACACCGAUCGCGCUCCACCAUCUAUCCAAUCAAAACUCGUUCUCCUAACUCUCCACUUCCCUCGCGUCCGAAUCAUUUGGUCUUCGUCUCCUUUCGGCACAGCAGAUAUGUUCAACGACCUCAAAGCCAACGCCUUCGAGCCCGACCCUAAUCGCGCGAUUGCAAUCGGCGCUGAGGAAGACCCAGAAGCAGGCGCAGGCAUCAAUGCUGCAGCUGAGGAACUGCUCCGAUGUCUACCAGGUGUUACAGCGAAGAAUGUGAAAUAUGUGAUGAGCAAGGUGGGGAGUGUCAGGGAAUUAUGCGAGCUUGAUAGAAAGGGCGUGCAAGAUAUUUUGGGUGUUGAACCGGGGAAUGCGUGUUAUGACUUCAUGCAUCGAGGGGAGAGGAAGAAAGGUGGUUUGUGAUUUGCGUUAUGUUUGCACGUCGUGAGUCUUUGGGGUGGUAUUCUGUGUCCUACUUAAUAGUUCUAGAGCAAUCAUAUGACCUAGAGAUAAGCUCCACGGUUCUGCCAUUACGUUUAUAGGACUCACUCGCUGACCGAAUAUCAUCACACCCAAUUCCGAGAAGGACGAAC